AUGGCUCAUUGUGGAAGUUUCUGGACCACAUUGGAGCUUCUUGUCUCGAUUGCAGGCAAAAAUGAAUUAAAUUCACCACAAUUUAAUGAAGAAAUUGAAGAUUGGCUGAACAAUUUUCGAACUAAAGAUAAAUAUCAUUAUCUAUUUUCGUCACGUCAGGAUGAAAAUAAAGAAGAAAAUGAAAAAGAAACGCCUCCAAUUGAUUAUCAUCUCAUAGAGUGCAACAUCACUCACCCUGUGGUGAAAUCAAGACUUGAAAUGUUAAUGGGAAGUAAUAUUGUGAGGCUCACAGAUCGGAAAUACAUGCUCAAAUUAAUGUCUAAAAUUCAACAGGAUUAUGAAGCGCAACAGCAAAUUCGAAUAAAAGAAAGAAUGAAAGAAGAACUGUCAAGAACAAAAAUAAUGAUUUUAAAUAAAUUGAUGCCGAUUCAAGACGCUCCGGAAGAUAUUCGAAAACAUUCUUUGUUUCAACUUUACGUUCAAUGUGAAUCAAUAAUUCAAAAUACAAGUAAAAAGGAAACAAGAAAAUUAACUCGCCUACGGAAAUCUUUGUAUCGAAUGCUUUAUCCCAAUGCAACAAACUCGGAGAAAGAUGAACUUGACAAGGAGGAGAAUGUUCAUUUAAAAAAAAUAACGAAUGGAGCAGAAACAGAAAUUGUUUCACUGACGGAUGAAGAGAUUUCUGCACUUUUAAGGGAAGAAGAGGAGAAAAGUGACAUGGAACGGGGUUAUAUUUUAAAUCAAGAAGAUUACGACCGUCUACACUACGAAACAGAAGAUGUUAAGGGUCUUAGGAAUGCCAAGUCAGUGGAGGAAAUGUACGCGAAAGCACACGCAAUUGUUGGCAUUUUAAAUUCGUACGCUGACGAGGCUCGAUACAAGCAAGGAGAUUACAAUGACUGCAACGAAAAAUUACUAUCCGAGACGAAAAAUACUCUAAAUUCAAUGGAAAAUGAGACAAAAUAACAAAAACUACCAACGAGGAAGAAAGCCUUUUAAAAUUUUUCAUUUUCAAAUAUCAACUUUAGGUAUUGUUUUUUUCCAUCUCCUGUGGAGUCUGCGAUACCUAUAUAAGGCGACAGAAUCCCAACCACCCCUUCAGAACAUAUCAACGCAUCGUCAUCAGUUGAGCCAUCCCCCAAAGCAAAAGAAAAAGGAAAAACAAAACUUUUAAUCAAUUUCACUAUAUAUAUAAUUAAUUAAA